UGGGGGCAGCCCACCUAUUACCCCCAUCCUAAUAUUAUACAACCAGUACAGUCCAGAUAAUUCUCCUCUAUCCGUCCACAGAGAUCACAUGACCACAUCAGUGAAGAUGGAGGAGGAGCGGAGUCACUUGACUGAGAGGAUACUAAACCUCACCCUGGAGAUCAUCUACCUGCUGACCGGAGAGAGUUUUCCUCUUCUGAAGUCAGGUGAUCAUGUGACCAUCACAGUGCCCCCAUGUGACUCCCUAAAUCCUGAGAGACACAACAUGGAGAAGAUUCUAGAAGUCACCAAGAAGAUGAUGGAGCUGCUGACAGGAGAGGUGAGCGGUGCCGGGAAUUCUGGGACAUGAUCCAGGAACAGACAAGGGAUGUGUCUGGAUGGUGACGGUAUCAUUUGGGAGUAUCUAGAAGGACACCGGGAUCUCUACAAGGACGUCAUGAUGGAGGAUCAGCCUAAGAGGAACCCACCAGAGAGAUGUCCCCGUCCUCUGUAUUCCCGGGAUCCCACCCAGGAGGACCACACCAUCCCCCACCAUGAUCAGGGUGAAGAUCUGAUGAAGGUGAAAGUUGAGGGUGACGUAGAAGAGAAGUAUGUGAGGGAUGAUCAGCAACAUACGGAGGAGGAUGGAACGAUGAGGACACUCAAAGUGGAGGACACUCCUACAGAGAUCAGCACAGGACACGCCAUGGAGAAACCCUCAAAGGAUCCUCUGACUUUAUCUCCAGGUUGUAAGAUGGAAGAUGAGGACAUCACAGCAGAUUGUGCGGGAGAAGAGACAAUGAGCUCAGCUAUGGAUGGUGGACUUCACAGUGUGGAUAGAGCAUGGAAUCCCUCUGACUCUGAGCAAACUCGUCCUGUGGGGGAUGGUGCCGGAAUUCAGGGGGUCAAGAUAUUUUCCUGCCCCGAGUGCGGGGAAAGUUUUAGCUCUGAAUCAGAUCUUUGUGUUCAUCUGAGUUCUCACAUUGGUGACAAUUCUUUUUACUGUUAUGACUGUGGGAAAUGUUUUCUUCGAAAAUCAGACCUUGUCGUACAUUACAGAUCUCACACGGGGGAGAAGCCGUAUUCUUGCCCUGAGUGUGGGAAAGGCUUUGCUCAAAAGAGUGAUCUUAUCCGACAUCAGAGAAUACACACGGGGGAGAAGCCGUAUUCCUGCACUGAGUGCCAGAGAAGUUUUUCAAAUAAGAGCCAUCUUAGCGAGCAUCAGAGAGUACACACGGGGGAGAAACCAUUUUGCUGCUCUGAGUGCGGGAAAUGUUUUUCAUCAAGCUCAUCUCUUAAUACACAUCAGAGAAUACACGGGGGGGAGAAACCAGAAAAGUGCCAGAAAAGUUUUUCAAAAAAGUGCCAUCUUACCAAACAUCAGAGAUCACACACGGGGGAGAAGCCGUAUUCCUGCCCUGAGUGUGGGAAAGGCUUUGCUCAAAAGUGUGAUCUUAUCCGACAUCAGAGAAUACACACGGGGGAGAAGCCAUUUUCCUGCACCGAGUGCCAGAGAAGUUUUUCAAAUAAGAGCCAUCUUAUCGAGCAUCAGAGAUCACACACUGGGGAGAAGCCAUUUUGCUGCUCUGAGUGCGGGAAAUGUUUUUCAUCAAGCUCCUCUCUUAAUACACAUCAGAGAUCACACACGGGGGAGAAGCCGUAUUCCUGCCCUGAGUGUGGGAAAGGCUUUGCUCAAAAGUGUGAUCUUAUCCGACAUCAGAGAAUACACACGGGGGAGAAGCCAUAUUCCUGCUCAGACUGUGGGAAAGGUUAUUCACGGAAAGCCGAUCUUUUCAACCUUGUCACUCAUUACAGAUCUCACACGGGGGAGAAGCCGUAUUCCUGCCCUGAGUGUGGGAAAGGCUUUGCUCAAAAGUGUGAUCUUAUCCGACAUCAAAGAAUACACACGGGGGAGAAGCCGUUUUCCUGCAGCGAGUGCCAGAGAAGUUUUUCAAAAAAGUGCCAUCUUAUCAAACAUCAGAGAUCACACACAGGGGAGAAGCCAUAUUCCUGCUCCGAGUGCGGGAAAGCGUUUUCAGAUAAGUCCAAUUUUACUACACAUCAAAGAUCACACACAGGCGAGAAACCAUAUUCCUGCCCUGAGUGCGGUAAAUGUUUUACAGCAAGGGCCUAUCUUAAAACACAUAUGAGAUUACACACAGGCGAGAAGCCAUAUUACUGCCCUGAGUGUGGGAAAGGUUAUUCACGGAAAUCCUAUAUUUUCAGUCAUCAAUGUUUGCAAACGGAUGAGAAGCUAAAUUCCUACGAUGAAUGUGGGAAGUGA